GGUUCUGCUGAGGGGUCCUAAGAAUGCAAGAGAAGCUGUGAAGCACUUUGGACCUGCACCUGGAGUUCCCCACAGUCACACAAAGCCCUAUGUUCGCUCUAAAGGAAGGAAAUUUGAGAAGGCUAGGGGUAGGAGAAACAGCAGGGGUUUUAGGGUUUGAGCAGCUCCAUAAUUUUGUCUGGUUUUUUACCAGUCGCAAUCGGACUCUUCUGGAGGUUCAAAAUUUUCAUCUGGCUUUUCUUUCACCAGCAUCUAUUUUAUUAUGGUUUAGUUUAUCUGGCAUUAUUGUAUGUAGCUUAACGUUGUUAAUUUGAGUUAUUAUUAAGUUCUUAUUUGGAUUUUAA